GGGGCGGUGCGGUGCGGGGCUGCGGUCCCGGUCCCGCCCGCGGGGCCGAUCCCGGUGGGCGGGUGUGUGAGCGGGGGGCGGUGUAGCGGCGCUCCCGGCUCGGCCCCCGCCAUGAAGCUCAUCAUCCUGGAGAACUACGCGCAGGCCAGCGAAUGGGCCGCCAAGUACAUCCGCAACCGCAUCGUGCACUUCGGGCCCGGUCCCGGGCGCUUCUUCACGCUGGGGCUGCCCACGGGCAGCACCCCGCUGGGCUGCUACGGGAAGCUGGUGGAGUACUGCCGGAACGGGGACCUGUCCUUCAAGUACGUGAAAACCUUCAACAUGGACGAGUACGUGGGUCUCCCAAGGGAUCACCCAGAAAGUUACCAUUCCUUCAUGUGGAAUAACUUCUUUAAGCAUAUUGACAUCUCGGCAGAAAACGUUCACAUCUUGGAUGGCAAUGCACCUGAUCUACAGGCAGAGUGCGACGCAUUUGAGGAUAAGAUCAAAGCAGCUGGAGGAAUUGAACUCUUUGUUGGAGGUAUUGGCCCAGAUGGUCACAUAGCCUUCAACGAGCCCGGGUCGAGUUUGGUAUCCAGGACACGAGUGAAGACCUUGGCUAUGGACACUAUACUGGCUAACGCCAGGUUCUUUGAUGGUGACCUCUCCAAAGUCCCCACAAUGGCUUUGACAGUGGGAGUGGGCACUGUCAUGGAUGCCAGAGAGGUGAUGAUCCUCAUCACAGGAGCCCACAAAGCCUUUGCUUUGUACAAAGCCAUUGAGGAGGGUGUCAACCACAUGUGGACAGUGUCUGCCUUCCAGCAACACCCCAACACUGUGUUCAUUUGCGAUGAGGAUGCCACACUGGAGCUCAAAGUGAAGACAGUAAAAUACUUUAAAGGUUUAAUGCUGGUUCACAACAAACUUGUGGAACCUUUGUACAGCAUGAAGGAGACAGGAGCAGGAGGAAGCCAGUCGAAGAAGCCCUACAUCGACUAGUCCUGCUGCUCAGAGGAGCUGAACCAGCUUUUCUGUUGGAAACCAGCUGUGAAACAAGCGAAUUGAUGCAGAAAUUCAUCUCACAAUUGUUCUUAAAUUAGCAAAAUGAUGAUGUGCUCACUUUUAUCCAUUAAAAAGGCAGAUGCCAAACACCUGCCUGCAUUAACCAAAUGAGGAUGGGAUCCAGUCUACUGUGUUCUCCAAAUUUCUGCCACUUAUUCUCUGAAGGUAAAGCCAAUGGUGAAUGGGUUGUUUAACCUAUGAAGCAACUAUAAUGAUGUGGACUGAAGGCCCCAAAACUUAAAUGUGAAGAUACCUGAAAUUCCAGUGUUGCAGGAACCAAACAGGUGCUCACUUUGGGCUGUAUUCCUUGCAGUUAGGACAAGUACCUCAUGUGUCACUCCCCCUCCACAUGUGAACACUCUUACAUUAUAGUCAUUUAAAAUGAACUGAGCUUGCUCAGCCUGGGGAAGGGAAAGCUUCAGUAUGACCCACCAGCAGCAUGCUUCACAGCUAGGAGGUUCUCAGGAAGAUGAAGCCAGGCUCUCCUGGGAAGUGCAGCAGGGGGAGAUGAGAACUGACAAUGGGGCACGAGUUGAGACAAUCUGCUAAGACUGGAUUGAAGGAAAAAACCUGCGAGGACAGUCGAGCAGUGGGGCAGGUUCCCUAGAGAGGUUGUGCAGUCUCUGUACUUAAGAGGUUUUCAAGUCCUGACUGAAAAAGCCCUGGCUGUGCCCCCCUUUGAGCCAUAUGAGACUUGAGACCAUCUCAGCCAAAGGGAGGCCAGACAGCACUGAGCAGUGGUAAUAAUGCAGUGCCAUUAAUGCAGUUCAUCUUCAGUUUACACGUCCACACGGUUUUAUCUGUUGCCACACAAGAACCUUACAUGUUCCAUUUCAGUGUAAUUUUCUAUGCCCUGGUGCUUUAGGAGGUAUCACAGAUUUUGCAGAAAUGCCCCCUCUGUGCUGCUCAGCACUCUGGUAACUGUGUCAGCACAGAGCCUAAGGCAGUGAGGUCCCUCUCCCCCCCAGUGCCUUACAUUGCUACAAGGCCAAAGAAGCCUCAAAGGAAACACUGUUCUGUCUGGCCUCAGCCUGUGCUGUAUCACAGAAGCCCCACACAGGUGGACAACAACCUGCUCUGGCCAGUCUGGAACCUGAUGCCUGGAUUUCCCAUCAAAUGCUGUCAUGAGAGGGGCAAGGCAAACUGGGGAGCAUUUCUUUUCUUUGUGCAGAAAUGCUGUAAGCUCUUGAUCUGUAAUGUAACUCUCUACAGUAAAUGUCUUCAUUUCUUAAACGGC